AAGAAUAUAUCUGAAUGGAAUAAAGAAAGAUUUUCCGGAUCGGCCCUAGCGGUGGCGGUGGGAGGUGUCGGCGCGGGUGUGGGCUGGGGGCGCGUCACAGGCCCCGCCCACAGCCUCCUCUAGUUGUCCCAGUGGCGCGCCCACACACCACUUCCAACCCUAUUUUGUUCAGAUUUUUUUGGCCUCUCGUGUAGACACGUAUUCUCACAGGGCAGAGGGAAGUCUUCAGUGGGUUUUUUAAAAUACCAGACGGGUUAAGGAAGCGGCUGAAUAGAGCGAAGGCCUGGCCAGCGGGAGGAGUAGUUUUCCCUUACAUGCUGAUCACCGCGCACAGAGCCAGCCCUCGCUCGCACCACAAGGCGGGACUUCUGACGCCCGUGGAUUAAUUCACUUCGCCGCUUCGAAAUCCCCGUCACCACAAGCCUUCCUUUGCUUCUCAAGGCACAUCGCCUCCGCCUCUACGUCACGAGGACAUCCCGUAACAUCGUCGAGGGCGAGGACGUGUGUGUCCCUCGCUGUCCACACCGAGGGGACACCAGCCGGGAGAUUUUUUGCGGUCAUGUGCGUGUGAAGUUGAUCACAAUCGGCAAGCCCGAAGGUGUGACGUGGGACGCGGACGCCCCGCCUCCAGAGCCCUGCUAUUGGCUGAGCGGGUGUUGACGGACCAAUCAGUAUUGUUGGCGGGUGUCGACCGCUGGUGUGGCGGUCAUGACUUGGCGGUCGCCAGUGUAGGUGCGAACGCGCGUUCGGAAGGCUGAGGACCUGUACGUCCCAAGUGUCAGACACCACGCCUCUGCCUCUUACACCUCCCGCUGCCCCUCACACCCGUCUGGGCACCAACCCAAGUAUAUUCCGGCCCUGUUAAGUGCAAUCUGGAGGUAGUGAGGAGGCCUGUGAAGUGACGCGCGAGGAAAUAGGAAAUAAAACCACUGGUGAUAUUUAGUUGUAUCGUGCAAGGAAGUUUUGGGUGGUGUCGUGCAAGUGUUGAGUGGAGCAGCACCUUGGUGACGGCCAAGCAUGUUGGUGGAGCGGUGUGGGGCGUGAGGCGGGGUGGUGGAGGUGUAGUGUGUGUCCCAGGCCCCCUCAAGCACCUGCCCCAUGCGCUUCGAAAACCUGCAGGAGCUGGGCCACCUUGUCAAUUCGCCGCCGCUCAACUCCCCACCUCCUCCUAUCACCCCCCAGGGCCCGGCAGGCAGCAUGGCAUACCACCCGUUCCUCCUCCAAAGACCCACCGACUUCAGCGUUAAUUCCCUCCUGACGCAGUCGCCGUCAUACCUGCCGACGCUGGGGUUACCGGCAGCGGCGGCGGCGGCUGCAGCGGCGGGCUCCCCAAACCCAUAUAGUUUGUUGCCCAAAUUUCCGGCACAUCUCGGCCACCACUUCACCACAGCCGAAGACGUCCUAUCGCAGUCACAUGUGCGGCCACUACGCUCUCUCCUACCGGAGGAAGACGGUGUUGUGGACGACCCAAAGGUCACGCUCGAGUGCAAGGAUUUAUGGGAGAAGUUCCACAAACUAGGCACCGAAAUGGUUAUCACCAAGUCUGGCAGACGUAUGUUUCCUGCCUACAAAGUUCGGGUCUCUGGGCUUGACAAAAAAGCCAAAUACAUCUUACUUAUGGACAUCGUAGCAGCCGAUGAUUGCCGCUAUAAGUUCCAUAACAGCAGGUGGAUGGUGGCCGGUAAGGCGGACCCGGAAAUGCCCAAAAGAAUGUACAUCCACCCCGACAGUCCGGCCACGGGGGAACAGUGGAUGCAGAAAGUCGUCUCCUUCCACAAGCUAAAACUCACCAACAACAUCACCGACAAACACGGCUUCGGCGGAGCGGAGGCUAAAACGAUCCUCAACUCCAUGCACAAGUACCAGCCACGCUUCCACCUGGUGAGAGCCAACGACAUCCUCAAGCUGCCCUACUCCACCUUCAGGACCUACGUGUUCAAGGAGACUGAGUUCCUAGCCGUCACCGCCUAUCAGAACGAGAAGAUCACGCAGCUGAAGAUCGACAACAACCCCUUCGCCAAGGGCUUCCGUGACAGUGGUGCUGGCAAGCGGGAGAAGAAUUCUUCUUUCUGCAGGAAUGUGGUGAUGAGCCGGACUUCAGAGGAGCAGAAAAUCGAUCACCAGAUCGCGCUGCCAAACAUCCGCAACUACCCAGACAACUCCGCGCCCAUGGAAUCCGAGAACCACAAGGACGACGACGAUGAUGACGAGCGCCUGGACGUGGUCGGCACGACGGACUCGCACAGCGACGCGGCUCACGAGCUGAUGGACUCGGACGUGUCGGGGGAGGAGACCAACAACAACGCCGCAGACGAAUCUGGUCGUGACUCCGUCAAGCGGAAGAGCGAUCUAGAUUCCGACAUGGACGAUCCGAGCUCGCUUUCCGUGCUGAAGAAAGUGGCGCCGGAGAAGGAUGAGCCCUCAGGUUCCGGCGGGUCUGACCCCACCCCCAAUAUUAGCGUUGGUCCGCCCUUCCAGCCGCCACACCUGCUACCCUACCUGUACCCUCAUGGGCUGUACCCCGGAGCGGCGCAGAGCCUGGCGGGGCUGCACGGCCUCAUGCUGCCCGGGUCCUCGGGUGCAGGGCUCAGCCCACCUUCCCUACAGCUACCACUUCUGGGGUCCGGAUCUGGGGCUCCUCCACAUGGGUCCUCGCCGCUCUCCCCACCCACCUCACUGCCGGUGGCCCACAACCUGCUUCUCGCCCACAACCUGUUGGCGGGUGCAGGACACCACCUGCUGGGCUCCCACACCUACCAGGGGUUGGCGGGGCUGGCGGUGUCCUCGGCGGGCGGCAGUGGAUGUGGCGGCAGCAGCUCCCUCAGCGCCGCACCACCCACAUCUUCCUCCCCGGCCGCCCCCUCCCCACUCCUGCCUGACCGCCUCAAACCGCCUCGCUUCACGCCCUACCUAGCCUCCUCCACCGCGGCCUCCCUCUCUUCCAUGUUGUCCUCAUCCCUGUCGUCGUCAUUCGCGUCGUCCUGCCUCACGCCCACGCUCUCAUCCUCCCUGCUGGGCGAGACAACACUCGGAGGCUCCUCAGCAUUCCAGGCGGUGAGCCCCAAGGCGGGGUCGCGGCUAGAAGAGGGUGUGCGUCGCACCGCCGCCCACUCCGUCUCUGCCGCCCACGCCGCCUCCGUCGCCUCCGAGCUGAAAUCAAUCGAAAAAAUGGUUAAUGGUCUCGAUCGACGUCCGGACUUACCAGAUUCACUUAAAAUGGCCGACAAAUGAGGGCGGGCCCCCGGGGCUGCUUCAGGUCACCUACACACCCGCUUGGUGGCCGUGAACGCCCUUUGCGGCGGUUCCGUCUGUUCCUCUAAUCCACUCUAGCCCCCCUCCCCCCCGCCGGCUCGCGGGACACACACUAACCACUCGGGAGCCGUCGGUGCCAAGUGUUUUUCCAGGAGCAGACGGGAGUUGCCGACGUCCCCAGGCUAACCUCAGGUCAACUAAGAAGUGUUAGAAAAAACCCCGGGAAUGCCCAGGGCCGGCGGGUCACCGGGGGCGCCGACCCGCUUAGACUAACGCCACCAGUGCAAACAUGACGCGGGACGCCUCCAGACGUGCACAAAACCCAGAUCCGCGCUGCGUGAAGGUCGGCAGUGACCGUGUGCUGCACGUGUAUAUAGUCCGUAAAGCUACUUGAUAGUAGAGCGUAUACCAAAGAGCGGACCGACACCAGCUGUUUGCGGGUGCAUAUGUGUACGUGUGCGCGUGUGUAAACCAUCUUGAUUCCAUGAGAUGUAAAGGACAACAUGGAGGCUCGGCAGCGCUCUUUUUUUUCAUAGGAAUCCAAAAAGCGGUGCAAACUUGCAUGUGUGGCGAGGUCGUGUGAGGCUGAGGUGGAGGACAGGGCCGCGGACCCUCGGAGCGGCGGCUCCUGUCCCGCCUCGCCGCCGGUGACGUGGCGGCCUCAACAGGACCUGAGGAACUAACCGGUAACAGAUAAUAAAACAAAUGAAGUGAACUCUAUUUAAGGCAGUUUCCAGCGGCCGCCAGAGACGGUCGGUGUCACGGAAAUAUUAUGGUGCUUUGUUUUCUCUGGGUGUCUUCUUGUUUUCAUUUUAGUAGAGUGUGGUGACUGCGACGGGAGGCCGCGUGUGAUGCCGCCCCGCGUGCCACGACUUGCUCCUCCGGGACAGGCCUGGCACUCCGGGCGUACUACACACACACACACACACACACACACACACACACACACACACACACACACAGUACCAUCACUACAGCACCACCACCACUGCCGCUGCCACCGUCAGUUACCGUGAUACACUAUAUCACAUCUAACGGCACAUCACAGCAUAAAAAAUCACAAUACAAACCGAUAGUAUACAGCUUAACACAACAUAUUAAAUAAAACACACACACACACACACACACACACACACACACACACACA